AUGAAGGCGGUUGCUGCGAUUGUACUUACCACCUUGGUCUCGACCUCCUUGGCCUCCUCUCACGGCCACACCACCCCUCGCCGACGACACCACAACAAGGGCCCCCUCGAUGCAGAGCAGGCCAUCGUCAAGCGCGCCACCUACUCUGGUAUGGCCACCUGGUACGACGUUGGUACCGGCAACGCUGGUGCUUGUGGUCAGUUCCUCAACCCCAACGACCACGUCGUCGCUUUGAACCAGCCCAUGUACGGUGACCUCGGCCAGCGUUCCUCGUGGUGUGGUAAGACCAUCAUCAUCUCCAACGGUAAAAAGACUGCCACCGCUCGUGUCGAGGAUGCUUGCCCUACUGGCGGAGGAAACUGCUUCUAUGGCUCUCUCGACAUGAGUGUCGGCCUCUUCACCGAGUUCACAAGCCUUGGCACUGGUGUCUUCCCUAUCACUUGGUGGCCUGCUGGUGAAGGCGGUGGAAACUCUGGCAACAACGGCGGUGGGCACAACAACAACAACAACAACAACAACAACAACAACAACAACAACGAUGACGAUGACGAUGACGAUGGCGACGACGAUGACGGCCAAGCCGCCGCUGCCGCUGCCAAGAAGAAGGCUCAACAGGCUGCUAAACAAGCCAAAGAAGAGGCCAAAUCGCAAGCCGCUGCUGCUUCCCGUUCUGCCGCCGCCGCCGCCGCCGCUUCGUCAGCUGCUGCUUCCCGUUCUGCUGCCUCUUCUCGUGCCUCAGUAUACUCGGUCACCAAGGCUGCUGCCCGUGCCAGCGCUUCCGUCUCCAGAGCCGCUGCCAAGUCGCGUGCCAGCGUUCGCGCCAGCAAGUCGGCUGCUGCCGCCUCCUCCCUCUUGUCCGCCUCUGCCGCCUCUGCCGCCGCUGCCACCGCUGCGACGCCAACAGGCAACCUCAACAACUUUGCCAACCUCUACGACGGUCUUUCCAAGAUCAUCAUGGAGCAGGCCGACUCGUAG